AUGGCGCUUGCGCACUUGAAUAUAGAAAUUAUUUUACUACACACAAGCAAGCUGUAAGAAUUUAUACUUGAUUUGCUUUAAGUGAUGGCUGUGAAUUAAUUAUAAUUGGUUGAUUGCUGUAGGGUACUUGUUUAGGCUGUUGUGUUUUUGGACAUAACGAUGGCUGAUCCUCUGAGUUUCCUUCGGAAGUAUAACAUUAACAAGAAAACUAUCACUGAAAGAAAAGAUCAAAUUAUAUUUGGUGAAUACUCGUGGCCCAAGACUGUGAAAACAAAUUAUCUUGUAUGGGGGUCUGGGAAAGAUGGAACUCCCAAAGAAUAUUAUACCUUAGAAUGUCUCUUAUUCCUAUUAAAAAAUGUUCAUCUAUCUCAUCCAGUGUAUGUCAGACAAGCUGCUGCUGAAAACAUUCCUGUUGUGAGACGUCCAGAUCGUAAAGAAUUAUUGGCAUAUUUAAAUGGAGAAACUAACACAUCUGCUAGUAUUGACAAAAGUGCUCCAAUUGAAAUUCCAACUACUGUUAAGCAUGUGUAUGAAGAACAGAAUCAACAGGAGGUUGUUAAGAAGCCUAGGUUGGAGGAAGGGGAAGUUCAGAGAGCCAAAGAUCAGUUAGCUGCCAGACUUGCUUCACCUAAAGAGGCAUCUGUGACAACUGAACACAUUAGAUCCUUGUCAGAUGCUAUGUCAGUUGAAAUGAUUGCUGCUAUAAAAGCUAAACGUUUAGCAAAAAAGAGAUCAACUAUAAAUAUUGAUGAUGAUGUACCUCCCACCUAUACAGAAAUACAAAGAAUUUUAGAAUAUGAUGUAGAUGUAACUCGGGAUAUCAUUAGUCGAGAAAGACAGUGGAGAACUAGGACUACAAUUCUUCAAAGUACUGGAAAAAAUUUUGCCAAAAGCCUUUUUCCUGUGCUACAGAGUAUUAAAGCCAGAGAAGAAGGUGGCAAUAAAAUGAAGCCUGAACCCGUUCAGACACCUAAGGCUACUCCUGUUCGUCCAGCUACUCAGCCUGUUGUAUAUAACAGAUACGAUCAAGAAAGAUUUAGAUCGAAAGAAGAAACUGAGGGUUUCAAGAUUGACACUAUGGGCACUUAUCACGGUAUGACUUUAAAAUCUGUAACAGAAGGAAGUCAGCCAAAACGUCCCGUUACUCCUCUUCCUCAACCUGAAAGACCAGUCCCGGUUGUUAAUCCUGUCAGACAGACAACCAAAAGAGUUUCAAAAACCCCUAUUAUUAUUAUUCCUGCUGCUACAACCUCGCUCAUCACAAUGUAUAAUGCUAAGGAUUUGUUACAAGAUCUGAGAUACGUGGAUACUAAUGAGAAAAAAGGCCAGGGUUGUAAAAGAGAAAAUGAAGUAUUGAUUCAGAGAAGAAAAGAAGGUGGAACUUCAGUUCCAUAUCGAGUGAUAGACAAUGCUCAGAAAUUGCAAGAUGAUGAAUGGGAUCGAGUUGUUGCUGUGUUUGUGCAAGGACCUACAUGGCAAUUUAAAGGAUGGCCAUGGAAUGGAAAUCCUGUUGAAAUUUUUGCAAAAAUAAAAGCAUUUCAUUUAAAAUGGAUUGAAAUGAAGCUUGAUUCAAAUGUCGGUAAAUGGGCUGUGCAUGUGAUUGAAUUGAAUAGAAACAAGCGUCAUUUAGAUCGAGCUAAUUUGCUAAAAUUUUGGGAAAUUCUUGAUAACUAUAUGCAUAAACACAAGCCAAAUCUUCGUUUUUAGAAGAACUGUGUCCCUAUUUAGUAUGGGUGAUUGUGUACAAAAUUUCCGUAGAGUUCUCAACUAUAUACCUGUGAAAAAUGUAUUUUUCUUAACCAAAAUAGAAGCACCUGUGGAGAGGAAUGUUUUUAAUUUUGUUUUACGAAGAGAUGAUGUAGAAAUAAUUUUGAAAUGUUUCUUUAAUUAUGUGCUGAAAUGGUUGUUGCAUUGUAAAGAAACCUUCAUUUAUUUGCAAGAUCAUUUAUUUAUUUCUCUGGCAACAAUAUUCUUUUGAUUGAAUUACAUUUCUCGCAAUUUGUGACAAUGUAUCUCAGUCACCCAUGUAUUAGACUUCCUCUCAACUUAGACGUUCCAUUAGACUGACUAUAUUCAGGAGCUGAAUUGGUUUCUGGCACCAGUCAAAUUUGUGAUGAAAUGUUUAAAAGUGUUUGUUGCAAACUGUGCAAUGAUUGCAUUACACACUAAGAAAUAAAUGUCUGUAGGAUAAAUUCUUGUAUGAUUUCCGAAAAUAUAUGUUUACAAAAAAGUUAAUUUGUAAAUUGUGACUCAUCACUGUUGUAAAUACAAGAACAUACUUGUUCUAUCUGCCAUUGUAAGUUUUGAUUAAAGAACUAUUUUUUGAAUAAAAAGGCAUUUUUGAAACAUUUUUCAUGUUGCAAAUAACAGUUCAAUUCUCAAAAGCUAAGAAUCAUUUAAUAUUGUAUUUGAGAUUUCAUUUACAUUUUUUGAGAAUAAUUGUUUGACUUAUUAAACUGUAACUUAAACAACUUUGUUUUAUGUAUUGUUUCAGUUUUUGAAUGAAUUGUUGUACAGCUUCUUAACAUGAUCUAAAAUUAUUGUCAUUUACAUUAAAAUAAAAAUGUAAUUUAUUUUAUUCAGUCAGAACCUUAGGUACAUUAUUGUUCCACUGCAUUGGAUGCUUUUGUCUUCUAGCUUAUUCAUGUUUUGAAUAAAUAUUAGAUAGGAUAUUUUUAAACUUAUAGAAUACUCAACUGCAUUUAUUAUCAGUGAUGUCUCAUUUUUUUUCCUCCUUGAAUUUGUGAACUGAAAUUUAUGUGAAUGUGUGCUUAUGAGGAUUGACUUGUAUCAUUGUCAAUGUAAUUGUAAAUCAUUACUGCUUGUAUAUAGCUAUUAUUCGGCUACAGGUCUUAUUGUAAAAUAAAAAGGGCCUACUUAUAUGUAUAUAUAUUUCUCUGUGAAAUAAAAAUAACUUGUUUUA